AUGAUUAUCGUCAGCUAAUGAAAUUGGUAGACCUUCGACCUUCGGCAGAUCGCUCUCAGCGGGCCGAAGUAGAACAGUCUUGGCAGUCUUUGCGCGCAACCGUUCCUCGUUCGAAGUCGCUGAUUUGCGGAGCAGGCAUGCCCGGUGGCGUCGUCUUCCUGGUCUGCAUACCCACCCUGAGUUACGAGCACGAGCUUGUGUUUGGCGUGCCACUGAAGCGCUCCAAGAAGGUCGAUGGCGGCAAAGGUAAACUCCCGGUUGCUCCUACGCCCAAAGUGGACUUGCGACUGAAGGAGGUGAAAUCACGCCCGCAACUGCUCACUCUUGAUGACGACCGCGAUAACGAUCGCUACGGCGAUAACGGAGACGACGACGACGACGACGGCGGUGGCGACGUCGGUAUCGACGUCGGCAUCGACUCCAGGAGGCAACGCGCUCGCGGAUACCCGGCGCGAGCAAAAUCGCCGGUCUUCGUGUCGAUGGAAACGGUUCUGAGCGAGCUCCUCAAGAAGUUGAAAGUGGAGCACGUGGUGUGGUGCAAGGAUAAGGAGGACAUGUAUUACGAGGUGAUCUUCCCGGUGCCCGCCGGCGAGCCCUGCGAGAACUGCAUACACUGCCUCACCGAAAUGGGUAUCGGAGUGAAGAUGAACUCGAUAGUAAGCGUGAUCCCGACGCAAUGCACGUACAGCAGCGUGAACGGCGCAGGAUCGUCGGCCGUCAUCAAGGACGAGGUUGCUCGCAGACGGAAGGAGGCGGAGGAUCGUAAGAAUGCAUGGGACGAUUUCGUGGGGUCGAUCAGGUCGAAGUUAACGGUGAAGCAGGUGGUCGAUGGAGUUCGCAGCGGUGGUGAUCUUUCGUUCGAUUACGUGCUGCUGGUGUUAACCGCGGACUGCCUUGCCGCGCUCGGACUCGUCGAGAACAGCGCGACCAACGUCGUCGCGGCUAUGCUGGUGUCACCUCUCAUGGGACCCGUGAUGUCGCUGACCUUCGGUACCAUCAUAGCUGACAGGGAUCUGCAGCUGGUCGGCCUAAAGAGCUUGAUGCUCGGCAUCUUCUUGUCGAUACUCUUCGGCUUCAUCUUCGGCCUCAUCCUCGGCACGACGGAGAUGCCGUGGGGCUACAACGAUUGGCCGACCGAUGAGAUGAAGGGCAGAGGCAACUACAGGUCGCUCUGGAUGGGUGUCCUGUGGGCUCUGCCGUCCGGCACAGGCGUCGCGGUCGCUCUGCUGCAAGGCAGUAAUGGACCGCUGAUUGGCGUGGCUAUAUCAGCCUCAUUACUGCCGCCGGUUGUUAACUGCGGUCUAUUUUGGGCUCUCGGCUGCAUAUGGCUCAUUUACCGGCCCAUAAAAAUGCCCCACAUCAAGGGCGAAUCUUACACGGACUUUAAUAGCUCGUACAAGUACGUCUACACCGAUUAUCUGCCCGUCGAGUUCUUCUGCAACGGCAUUAUCAGCGCAUGCCUGACGUUUAUCAACGUGAUGUGCAUCUUUAUUACGGCGAUAAUAGUCCUGAAGAUUAAAGAAGUGGCAGCGCCGUACACGUCUACGCCGGAACUGCGCCGAUUUUGGCAGCACGACAUCCGUCUGGUUCGCGAUAAGAAUAUCUCGCGGGAUAACAGUUCUCUCGACUCAAGUUACUACGAAAGGCUGAGCAAAGUUAAGCAACGAGCGCUGGAGCGCACGCUGAACGAAGCGGUGAGGGAAGCGAUGGACGAUGAGACCUUCAGGAAAGUGCAACGGCUCAGUUACGGGCAACACGGACCGGAGGAGAUUGGACCUCGGUUUGGCCUUCAUAAUCGCGGGAACACGAGUAGGGGCGGGAACGCGAAAGGCUGCGAGAGCAUCGAGGAGAUUGGCGCGGAUCUGCGCUCGCGCAUGGAUCGCUUGACUAACUCUGGCAAUACGACCGAGGACCUGGCCGCUUUGGACCGACUGAUAACGUAUCUCUUGGGUCAGCCGAGUAAUCCAGCCGGUAGCAACUUGGGCUCGUGGAGACGCUCGCGUCACGCUAGCGCGCGAGGAUACCGGCAGCUACGCGGCACCACUGCCGACGGCGCGGAAACCGGCGGCCAUACUGCCGUCAAUACCGGCACAACGCCCGUUUGAAAGUCACGGAACACGCUCUUUGGAUAUCAUGGAUGGAGGACGUCAUGGGAUGAGUCUCGGGGUGGACAAAGAACGACUAGAAAUAAAAAUAACGAUACAAGGCAGACAGGGAAAUACACUAAAGUUAUAAAGAUAUACACAUAUAUAUAAUCGUGACUAAAUAAAAAGAACGGUGAAGCUUA